AUGGUUGCAGCAGGGAGCGCUGCUGGUAGCUUGCUGCCCAUGCACAGUUGUGACGAGCUUGCGUCGGCCUUUCGAGCGCUGCAGCGGCGAGUCGAGGCCCACGCGCCCAAGGUGGUUUGCAGCUUCUGCAAGCGCAAGUUCAAGAUCUACCAAGACUUGCAGUCCCACAUCACUACGAAGCACGCAGAGGACCCGCAUGCUCUGCAGAGCCUGAGUCAACCAUUCCUGGGCUGGAGGCUCCAGGUGGCCUUUGAAGACGACUGGCUCGCCGUAGUGGUCAAGCCUCAACGGGUGCCUACGUUUGGCAAAGGCAGCUUUGACAAAGCUUCCUGGUUACUGGGACAGCUUUCGCGAAGCCCAGCAUCUGACUCGCUGGGCCAGGCAACGCCAGUCCACCGCCUGGAUGCAGCUACCGGGGGGUUGCUGGUCCUGGCGAAAACCCGCAGUGCUCUCCGGAUCCUCAGUGCGACGUUUGCGGAGGGACUCGUGAAGAAGCGGUACCGCGCGCUGGUCCGGGGAAGCUUUCCACUUGGCUUUGAGGGGUGCAGUGAGGAGCCACUGUACGGAAAGAGGUCCGUCACCCGAUUCACCAGCGUGGCAGCUCCCGUCGACACGCCUCAAGGGCCAGUCAGCACUUUGGAUCUAUGGCCGGAGUCGGGAAGACGACAUCAGCUACGCCGACAUCUGUCAAUGCUUGGCUCUCCGAUACUAGGUGACCGACGCUAUGGCUGGCGCGAGGACCAAGCCGCCAAAGAGGAGGAUCAGUGGUCUGACAACAAAGAGCAUCGCGAUGACGAAGCUGACGAAAUGGCAUCGAAAGAUCGCCCCGCUUCCAGAAGCAGAACACUGACAUAUGCCGAAGGUGCAGCUGCUUCCGGCAUUCUUCCCGCGACCCCGAGAGUGGAGAACCGAUCUCAAGGAUCGACGGCUUCUCGCGCAUUCCGGAGCCUCUUUCCGAGGCUGGGUCCGGGCAAGCCAGCACCAUCGUCGCCAUCGUCGCCAUCACGGACAGCAGCAAGGAAAGCCACAACGCUGCCGGGACCGGAAGCAACUUUGCCUGACCUGAGCUACGGCCAAUCGGAAGGUGACGUUCGGCCGUCGUCUAGCAUGGGCAAUGCAAGAGCGCCCCAGUCCGAGGCAGAGCGAGCAGAGCGAGCCAGCUCAAGGAACACGCCACGCCCAGCCAGCAUGGCAGGUGUCAGGCCAAGGUAUGACGUAGGGUCGCCAAGGGGCAGGUCUAAGCCCAGGACGGCCACCACCUUAAGUGGUCCAGAAGCGUCGUAUGACGUAGGGUCGCCAAGUAGCAGGUCUAAGCCCAGUAAGGCCACCACCUUAAGUGGUCUCGAAGCGUCGCCUGCGCCCCCUCGCCCGUCCACUUCUGGUAGCUUCCGCACACCAUCGCGGAUGAGCUCCAAAAAGGCCCAGACGGUCGACUUGCUGGACACGACGAGCUCUGACCUGCUUGCCAGCACAGCCACGGAGGAGAAAUCGUCACGCCGCUUCUCCUUUGCAGAGGAGUCCUUGCCCGACAUAGCUGUGGCCAUCCGUGAUGAGGUGGCGGAUCUGGACUGGUUGCAGGACACCUGGAAAAAAGUCUUGGUCGGCUCUCCUGCCCCGGAAUGCAAAGCGCUGACGCUGAGAUCCUUGCAUACCUGGGUGGAAGUCUACAAUCGCUGGCAGGCCUUAGGGGGUUGGAUCCCGGGCCAGGCGCCCAUCUUUUUGGACGCAUACCAGUUCCAGGAGACAGUGGCUGUGCCAAUGCUGAAGGCCUUGGACUGGGUGAAGCUCUUCGACCCCGUGGCCCAUGCUAAGCUUCACCAAACUCGCGCCGCCGCAGAUUAUCGGAAGGUUAAGGUAUCCAUGCCUUCCUUCUUCAACGCGGCUGUCUUUCUGUCAAACGCCAUUUCCAAGAGGCAGAAAGUUCGCUUCUUGCUGGGCGUCUUUGACAUAAAUGACAGUCGUACCUUUGAGAUGGCGGAGUUUGUGGACAUGCUGUCUUCCUUUUUCCAGGGCAUAGCGUGUGCAUUCAACUUGCAAGGCAGCAUGCCAACUAGCGCGCGAAGACAGACUCUAGCCAGGCAGCUUUUUUUCAGAAUCCUGGAAUCGGCGAAGAUCCGCCCAGCUACGGAUGAGGUCAAGUACAUGCUGGAAGAGGGCUCCAUAUUGUUCCCGGUUAUUGAGGAUUGGUUUCUGGGACUCACUGGGGAUCCCCUCUCCAUCCCCUUCGCUUUGUUUUUGGAGCGCUUUUCAGUCCGCGGGCUGGAGGAUGAUCCAGAAGUGUUCGAAGAAGAUGAGAGGAAGUUUCGCCUCUCUCACUCUGCCCCUGUGAAUCCACCAAUGGAGACUGCUGCUUCCCUUGACUCGAGCUUUCUACGGCGAUCUCAGAUGAAGGUGGUCCGGGAUCUUUUCAGCCAUUGUGCAUCCUCGAAGCACUUCGCCAUCACCCACGCUGAAGCGGAGACGAUAGCGGGCACGUCCAUUGAGCCAGAGUUUUGGAUCAAGAUGCUGUCGCGGCCACUGGAAGACCUAGAGCAACUGCGACAGGAUGGCGUGAAGUUCAAUAUCGGCCUCUUCUUUAAGAAGUUGUGCCCUCGAGCGACGGCACGACAUCUUCGCAUGUUUCAGACCUGGCUUAAGGAGCUGAGCCAGCUUGAAGAGCUAGAAGCCCUGGUUGAGGAGAAUCGCGGGCUGCUAGAAUCCUUUCAGUACUCGAUCACACGACCCGUCUUGCCUGCAGCCAUUCGCCAAGAGCUCAUGAAUGACUUCAACAGGCCAGAGAUGAGGGAGAUGGCCGCGAGGAACAUGUCGGCGUCUUCAGAGACCGAGGGCGAGGUCGCCAAGAUGAGCAAGGAUGAUUUCAUUUUUGGCAUUUGCCCCAAGGAAUACCGGCCAAAGGAUGGAAAUCCCCUUGUAGAAAGUGUGGUGUGCCACUUCUUGACGAUGCAGCAGGGUAAAACGGAGGAGCUUCUCGCGCAAAAGAAGCUGUUAUUUGCUCCCCAAGGUUGCCAAGUGCCGCUGAGGUCCUUCCUCAAACAGGAGGUUCCGGAGUCUUCUUGGACUCAGUGGAACCAAGUUUUCGAUAUCCUUAGUGGUGGUGAGGACCACGUUACAUUCAAGGUGCUGGCUGACUCCAGGCUGCUCCCUCCGGAGGUUUGCCGCUUCUUGUGCUCUGUGAUGGCCAGCAGCUUCAGUCAAGCAGCAGAUAGCUUCUCAAGAGAAGAGUUUUUGCAGAAGCUGGUUGACAUCUCCGACUUUCGUCGCAGGAAUGCCUAA